AAAUAAAUGGCGCAAUGCAUGCUCUUUGAAAUGGCGCAAACUUUUCUAUAUUGGUUUUUCCUGCGAACCAACGUAACUAACUUCCAUUAACGAAUCGAUCGAGUUUACUUUACAUUUACAACCCCCAAUUGCUAGGGCCUAGGGUUUAUACAUUAUAUGAAUCUCAAGAUAUGGCGAUCAUAGGAGAUGCUCUACGACAAGCAUUCAUGCCGAAACACGAGUACCAGAACCUCCGUGACGAAGACAAAGCAUGGAUUAAGCUACGACGGCCGAUCUUCAUCUCCAUUUUGGUAUUCUUGAUCUUCUGUAUUGUCAUUUCAUCUGCAAUCAGCUUCAAAAUGGUGUUCCCUAGUGAUCUUCAACACCGCCCUUUCUGCAAACAUCAUCGUAUUGAAUCGACAACAAAUAACGACCAUGAGGAUAGAGAUUUCAAUUUUACGGAUCAACAGCUUGUUUAUUAUUACUGGAGGAUUGCGUUUGUUCCUUCGGCUAUCCUUUUCUCGACGUCUGCUGUUUACCUUGUUGCUGGGAUGUCUGUAGCUUAUACUGCUCCAACAAGACAUGGAUUUUUAAAAGUGGUCGAGAAUAACUACUGUGCUCCAAACGGAGGAGGUGUGCGAUGUCUAUACAUUUUGAAUUCAAUGUUUGCAAUAAUGUUUGGUUUUGUAGCAAUAUUUUUUGGUUUAGUUCUCCUUACAAGUGAGAGCAUUUGUUCAUUACCAUUGUUUUGGUGUUAUGAGGUUCAAUGGUGGGGCCUAGUUACUCUAUAUGGGGCCACUGCCUCCUUGUUAAGAAGGAAAGCUGCCAUGAUUCUUGAUGAUGGUGACAUUGAUGGGCAUAACCAGAUUAUUGGAAUAGAAAUGUUGGAAUUUGGUGAUGUGGAAAUGACACCGGAUGUUGAGAGACGAAUAAAUCAAGGGUUUAGAUCGUGGAUGGGAACAUCGUAUUUGUCUUCUGAUGAUGAAGAUGAAGAUGAAAAUGAUCAUAUCAGCAAAGAAGAUGAGCUGAGAAGAUGCAAAUAUAUCAAGGAAGACGCAGAUGAACUGAGAAGAUGCAGCGACGAGGAGCAGAUGAACAGAAGAAGAUGA